AUGGCUCUGUCCGAGGUGCACAAUUUAGCUGCAAUUAUCGGCAACAAUGGUUUUACUGUUAGCAAGAAUAACGUGGUUGAACGCAACAUCAACAUGUUGGAACCACGAAACAAUUAUCCAGCUGACAGGUGUAACACAGAAUAUAAUUAUUGGAACUAUGACUUAAUGGAAUGUAAUACUCAGAAAAAUAUGAAUGUAGAAGAUGAAGAUAGCCAGGAUUUAAAUAAUCCUAUGGUCAAUGAUUUAGUGUCAAAAAUUCUUGAUGAUGAUUCAAUUGUUGGUGACAAUGUUCACAGUAAUAGUUAUAAUGGCAAUAUGCAAUAUCAUUCAGAUACUCAGUCCUGUAUCAUGGAGAAUAAAAUGGAGAAUAAUAUAGAUCCUAGUCUUACUACUAUGGAUCGUUUUAAUAUGCAUUCAACGUUUAACAAACUACAGAAUAAUGUUUCAAAUAAUGUUAAACUUGAGUGUAGUUAUAACAAUUUCUGUGGAGAAUUCAAAACAUUGAGCCUCAAUACAUGUGCAGGGCAAGUACCAGAUCAAGGAAAUUUAUACAAUAAUGGGGUUGGUGUAUAUUCAAAUACAUAUCCACCUAAUUCACAAUCAUAUGUAUUACGUCCAAAUGGUGAAAAUUGCUGUGUUAGUGGAAGUACUAUGCCUCUGUGCAAUGAUUUAUUAACAACAACAAAUGAGACAAAUGCAAGUAAACAGUCUGCUAACUGGACAGAAAAUUUGUCAACACCAGGGUGUACACCAGAUUUAUUUGGAAAUUAUCAACGAAUACAAAAUUGCACAAACCCAGAUCUUAAUUUCAAUAUGGCUCUAACAUUGGCACUAGAUUCUCCAGAUCCUAUUACUCUAAAUGAACUGGAGUAUCAUAAUAAUAUUGGACAAAAUGGAACUGCUAAUACAUAUAAUCCUACACCUUCUAUGCAUGAAUUAUACAGCAUGACUGCCAAUAAUCAAAGUUAUAGACCAAGUUCAGCAAUGACUGAUUUGAGUAUUGAUUCUGGCUUUCUUUCAAAUUCUCCAUUACAACAUUUUUCUCCAGCUGAUACAAAUUUGCAUAAUUGUUUUGGGAGUAAUAUACAACGCAGUAAUGCUAAUGAUUAUAAAGAUUUACAUGAUUCAAGUAGAUUAAGCAUGGCAAAUAUCUCCAUACCAAAUGAGCAACUUCAAUUUUUGCAACAAGCUCGUAGCUACAAAUUAAAUCAAGCUGUGGACCAAGAAUAUAAACAACUAAUCGAUUAUUAUCCAAGUGUAAGCGACUUCUCCACAUCAUCGAUCAAUAGUUUAGACACAAACGAAAAUUGUCUUACCAAUAAUGAUUAUAGAAUCGAUAACAAUUUAUUGAAAAUUAUCAGUCCAAAAUCAAAGACUAUUGAAACUAAAACAUAUUCGCCCAUUGGAUUUCCGAAAAAUCUAAGUUCACGUAACACCCAUCAGUCAAUUGCUAAAUAUGGAUAUCACAAUUAUCAACAUUACACUGCCAAUAACGGCGAGACUUUAAAAAUGUUACCACAGAGUUCCACAUCUUAUCAUGACAUGAAACAGCCUAAUAAUACUAAUACAUAUAAGAUGGAAGGAUUUGAUCUUACCAAAGAAAUAGCUUUUCCUUCUGUAAGUCACUUGACCAAUCAAAUCGCAGGGUCUUCAAUGAAUAAGGAUACUUUUAAUUACCUUAUGAAACAACGACAUCAUAUGCCAAGAAUACCGAAUAGUCCUGGUAUUCCAUCUGCUGAUGUCCUUUUCAAUUCAGGAAUAGUACCAAAUCCAAGUUCAGUAAGGUCUGGAGUAUUUCCACCAGUGAUGCCAGUUCCUGUACCGCUUCCAGUUCCGCGUCUAUUUUCUGUACUCUAUGGUGGAGGUUUAAGCCUUAGAAAUGGAAGUGGAGCAGCUAGACGUACAGCACCUUCAAGUAUAUUGCACUUCAGGCUAGAACAAACUUAUGAACAGUUCAAACAAUUAGAAAAAGAACGAAAGAAAUGUGAAGCAGGUUUAGCUGCUCAUUUCCCUGGUAAAAGAGUAACAAGUGCAAACAAUAUACCCAUUCCUCGCCUUCAAGGAAACCCAUCACGUGUCGAUCGCUUAAUUAUUGACUAUUUGAGAGAACAUGCACGUGUCAUAACUUUAAUUGCAAAGAUGGAACGUUUGCGAGAGACCACUAUGAAUCAACGUGUACAUAAAGCUAUGGAGUACUGGUUAGAAGCAAUAAAAUUUGUCCAAGAAUGCCGUAAACGAGAAAUUGCAAAUGCUACUAAACGUCAGAAGGAGAAUCCGCCGUGUAUUCUCGUAUACAACGAUAAUGAUAUAUUAACGUUGGCUGCCAGUGUCUACGAAUUGACGAAGGCAUCCCGAUUUGCAAGGACUGGUAUGUAUAACGCAUUACAAGCUACACUACUGUAUGACUUGGACAUAGAAAAGAAAGUCGUUGAAACUUCUAAAGAUCCAGUUCUUGUGAUAAAACGUAAUGAAAGUCAAGUAGUAAGUGAUGUUGGUGAUUAUUCAAACUGUACCUAGCAAGAUUUUGAAAACUACUUUUCCAUUUCGUGUGACAAAACAUAGAUUGAAUCCAGCAGCUUUUUACUUACGUAUUUCGCGUUACGUUACUGAAAAGCUUUUGCUGGCGUUUAUCAUAAUUUUAUCGCUGAGACAAAACAAUGCCGCCCACUAAUUGCGAAAUUUUCAAAGCAUCAUAUGGAAAAGUACGCGUACU